GUGUGGUGCGACACAUUGACACAAUGAAAUCUUUUGUUUCAUCGUUAUCAUUUCUUUGUGCAAUUAUUGUACUGACCAAUGCCGAAUUGGAAUUCGAUAAAUUAAAAGUGGAAAUCUAUUAUGAAACUCUGUGCCCGGAUAGUAUGCGUUUUGUACGCAAUCAAUUGUAUGGUGCCAUGAUCGAUGGAAGGCUACUGCAGUUUAGCGAAUUGGUAUUUAUACCCUAUGGCAAGGUUGGGUCUUGGACAAAUCCCAGUACCAAUGAGACGACCCUCUAUUGUCAACACGGUAAUCGGGAAUGUGAAUUGAAUGCCCUGCAUGCCUGCAUUGUCGAACACAAUACAAUGCGUGAACAAUUGGAUAUGAUAACGUGUCUAUUGAAUGGUUAUUCUACAGAUGUCGAUACGUGUGCCACCCAACUAAAUAUCGAUGUUACGGCAGCCAAAAAUUGCAAAGCCACACGAUCAACGGUGGAUAUUCUAAAGAAAUAUGGUGAUAUGACAGAUGCCAUUGAUAUGACAUUUGUACCAUCGAUUGGUCUUGGUGGGGUAUUUGACCCCUGGAAGCAAAGAAGUAUUCUACACAAUUUCGCCAGAGUAUUUUGCCGUAAAUAUCGAGAAAAAUAUGAUGUUGAUCUGCAAGAUUGUUAUUGA